CAUACAAUCUCGUUUACCGAGCGGCCUUUAGCUAUAGUUUCAUAACCAAUAACUCGACAAGAUGGCCGGUACAGCGACACCCAACCGAACACCCGAAAUCAAGUACACACAGAUUUUUAUAAACAAUGAGUUUGUUAACUCCGUAAGCGGAAAGACGUUUCCAACAUUGGACCCCUGUACUGAAGAGAAGAUUGCAGACAUACAGGAAGGAGAUAAGGCGGAUAUUGAGAAGGCAGUUGAAGCAGCAAAAGAGGCGUUCAAAAUUGGGUCACCAUGGAGACGACUUGACGCUAGCAAACGUGGAGCAUUGUUGGACAAACUAACCGGACUGAUUUUGCGAGAUGCGGAUUAUCUUGCGAGCCUGGAGACCAUCGACGGUGGGAAGCCAUACAAGGACUCAUACGCUUGCGUUGUUGGUUCUGCUAAUAGCAUCAAGUAUUUUGCUGGUUGGGCGGAUAAGGUCCAAGGCAGAACUAUUCCUAUUGAUGGAGAUUACUUCUGUUACACCAAACACGAGCCUGUUGGAAUAUGCGGUCAAAUAAUACCGUGGAACUUUCCCAUAAUCAUGGCUGCUUGGAAGUUGGCCCCAGCUCUAGCCACUGGCAAUGUUGUGGUGCUCAAACCUGCGGAACAAACACCUCUGACAGCUCUGUACCUUGCUGCGUUAGUCAAGGAGGCAGGAUUCCCCCCCGGGGUGGUGAAUGUGGUCCCGGGUUACGGGGAAACUGCGGGAGCUGCCCUAUCCAGUAGCAUGGACGUCGACAAGGUCUCUUUCACAGGCUCCACCGAGGUAGGACAGCUGAUAAUGAAGGCCGCGGCCGAAUCUAACUUGAAGCGUCCAACACUCGAACUAGGAGGGAAAAGUCCAAACGUAGUCUUUGCUGAUGCUGACAUGGCGAGUGCCGUGGUGUGGGCACAUGAGGCAGUGAUGUACAAUUCCGGUCAGAUAUGCACGGCCGGAAGUCGUACCUUCGUCCAGGAGGAUAUCUACGAUGCCUUCAUUCAGAAGAGUGUUGAAAUGGCCAAGGCCAGAGCUGUAGGGGAUCCGUUCGAUCCGGCAACUAGAAACGGUCCGCAGAUAGACGACGUCCAGCUGCGGCGAGUCAUGGAACUGAUUGACUCUGGGAAGAAGGAGGGAGCCACAUUGGAGUGUGGAGGGGGGAGACAUGGAGAAAAGGGUUACUUCGUCAAACCAACCGUGUUCUCAGGGGUCCAAGACGACAUGCGCAUAGCUAAAGAAGAGAUUUUCGGUCCUGUCCAGCAAAUCAUCAAAUUUAAAACAAUGGAUGAGGUGAUCGAACGGGCGAACAAGACCCAUUAUGGCCUGGGUGCUGCUAUCUUCACAAAGGACAUUGACAAAGCAAUGACAUUCUCACAGGCGGUCAAGGCCGGAACAGUCUGGGUCAACUGUUACAACAUCAUUAGUCCCAUGGCGCCAUUUGGUGGAUUUAAGAUGUCCGGACUUGGGCGUGAACUAGGGGAGUAUGGACUUCAACAAUAUACAGAGGUGAAAAACGUCGUUGUGAAGAUUCCGCAGAAGAACUCGUAACGGCAUUGCUUGUUAAAGUUACAGGAGAUGAUAUGUCCCGGAAAUCUACUGAAAUACGAACAUUUAUGAAAUAUUGAUGUGUGUCAAAAGCUUAACGAACGUGUGUUAUAACCAGUAUAGAUAAGUGUUAUAACUUAUUAGUGUGUAUUACACUUUAACCUUAUACGUUUUACUUUCCGACAGAAAAAAACAUGUAACAGUGAUAAUUUCAAUCCAAGAAAAGUAUUAUCAACAUGUUGUAUUUGUCCAUUCAAGUGUUUUUCUUUUCUUUUUAAAAUAAA